CAUGGACGAGUGCUCGGACGAGCGGGGCCGGCCGCAGCGCUGCAUGCCCGAGUUCGUCAACGCCGCCUUCAACGUGACGGUGGUGGCCACCAACACCUGCGGCUCUCCGCCCGAGGAGUACUGCGUGCAGACCGGCGCCACCGGGGUCACCAAGUCGUGCCACAUCUGCGACGCCCGGGACCCGCGGAACCACCACGGCGCCGCGUACCUGACCGACUACAACAACCAGCAGGACACUACCUGGUGGCAGAGCCAGACCAUGCUGGCGGGGAUUCAGUACCCGAACUCCAUCAACCUCACCCUGCACCUCGGUAAGGCCUUCGACAUCACCUACGUCCGCCUCAAGUUCCACACCAGCCGGCCGGAGAGCUUCGCCAUCUACAAGCGGACCAGCGAGGGCAGCCCCUGGGUGCCGUACCAGUACUACAGCAGCUCCUGCGAGAAGACCUACCAGAAAGCGAACAGCGGCUUCGUCCGCACCGGCCAGGACGAGCAGCAGGCGCUCUGCACCGACGAGUUCAGCGACAUCUCGCCACUCACCGGAGGAAACGUGGCCUUCUCCACGCUGGAGGGACGACCCAGCGCCUACAACUUCGACCACAGCCCCGUCCUCCAGGAUUGGGUAACAGCCACCGACAUCAGAGUGACCCUGAACCGGCUCAACACAUUUGGAGACGAGGUCCUCAAUGACCCCAAAGUCCUCAAGUCCUACUACUACGCCAUCUCCGACUUCGCGGUGGGAGGAAGGUGUAAGUGUAACGGCCACGCCAGCGAGUGCAUGAGGAACGAUGGAGGACGGCUGGUGUGUAACUGUAAACACAACACCGCCGGCGACGACUGCCAAGAGUGCCAACCGUUCUUCAACGACCGGCUCUGGAGGAGAGCGACGGCCGACAGCGCCAACGAGUGUCUGCCCUGCGAGUGUAACGGGAAGAGUGCCGAGUGUCACUUCGAUGCCGAGCUGUACCGGGCCACCGGUCACGGCGGGCACUGCAGGAACUGCGCCGACAACACGGACGGCCCCAACUGCGAGCGUUGCCUCGACAACUACUACAGAGACCCGGACGCCAGCCGCUGCCUGCCCUGCCUCUGCAACCCCGUCGGCUCUGUGUCCCUACAGUGUGAUGACAGAGGUGUGUGUGCGUGUAAAGCUGGAGUGACCGGAGAGAAGUGUGAUACUGUAGCUUGAUGGAGGCUCGCAGCACCACAUCUGAGCAGCAUGUCUUUAUCCCGUCUUCCUCCCCUCACCCCCAGCAGAUGGCCCCGCCCCUUCCUCAGCCUGGUUCUGUCGGAGGUUUUUUCCUGUUAAAAGGAAGUUUUUUUCUUCCCACUCUCAAUAAAAUGUUGCUCAUAUGA